AUGCUGGGGACUCUGGGGCUUUGGGCACUGCUUCCUACAGCUGUGCAAGCACCCCCAAGCACACGGACCUGUGUGUUCUUUGAGGCCCCCGGCGUGCGGGGAAGCACAAAGACACUGGGGAAGCUGCUAGAUGCAGGACCAGGGCCCCCCAGGGUUAUCCGCUGCCUCUACAGCCGCUGCUGCUUUGGGAUCUGGAACCUGACCCAAGACCGGGCACAGGUGGAGAUGCAAGGAUGCCGAGACAGUGAUGAGCCAGGCUGUGAGUCCCCCGAUUGUGACCCAAGCCCCCGAGCCCACCCCAGCCCCAGCUCCACUCUCUUCACCUGCUCCUGUGGCACUGACUUCUGCAAUGCCAAUUAUAGCCAUCUGCCUCCUCCAGGGAGCCCUGGCACUCUUGGCUCCCAGGGUCUCCAGGCUGUCGCAGGUGAGUCCAUCUGGAUGGUGCUGGUGCUGCUGGGGCUGUUCCUCCUUCUGCUGCUGCUGCUGGGCAGCAUCAUCUUGGUCCUGCUACAGCGAAAGGCCUCCAGAGUGCGAGGUGGGCCAGAGCCAGAGCCAGAGCCAGACUCAGGCAGAGACUGGAGUACAGAGCUGCCCGAGCUGCCCGAGCUGUGCUUCUCCCAGGUCAUCCGGGAAGGAGGUCACGCGGUGGUAUGGGCUGGGCAGCUGCAAGGAGAGCUGGUAGCCAUCAAGGCCUUCCCCCUGAGGGCUGUGGCCCAGUUCCAAGCUGAGAGAGCAUUGUACGAGCUGCCAGGCCUACAGCACGACCACAUUGUCCGCUUUAUCACUGCCAGCAGGGGGGGCCCUGGCCCCCCGUCCUGUGGGCCCCUGCUGGUACUGGAACUGCACCCCAAGGGAUCCCUGUGCCACUACUUGACCCAGCACACCAGUGACUGGGGAAGUUCCCUGCGGAUGGCACUGUCCCUGGCGCAGGGCCUGGCGUUUCUCCAUGAGGAGCGCUGGCAGGAUGGCCAAUAUAAACCAGGUAUUGCCCACCGAGAUCUGAGCAGCCAGAACGUGCUCAUUCGGGAGGAUGGGUCGUGUGCCAUUGGAGACCUGGGCCUCGCCUUGGUGCUCCCUGGCCUCACUCAGCCCCCUGCCUGGGCCCCUACUCAACCCCAAGGCCCAGCUGCCAUCAUGGAGGCUGGCACCCAGAGGUACAUGGCGCCGGAGCUCUUGGACAAAACUCUUGAUCUACAGGACUGGGGCAUGGCCCUCCGGCGAGCCGAUGUCUAUUCUCUGGCUCUGCUCCUGUGGGAGAUCCUGAGCCGCUGCCUAGACUUGCAGCCUGACAGUAGACCACCACCCUUCCAACUGGCUUAUGAGGCAGAGCUGGGCAGCACCCCCACCACCUGUGAGCUGUGGACCUUGGCAGUGGAGGAGAGAAGGCGCCCCUACAUCCCAUCCACCUGGCACUGCUUCGCCACAGACCCUGGUGGCCUGAGAGAGCUCCUAGAGGACUGUUGGGAUGCAGACCCGGAAGCCCGGCUGACAGCUGAGUGUGUGCAGCAGCGCCUGGCUGCCCUGGCCCAGCCUCAGGAGGCCCACUCCUUCCCAGAGGGCUGUCCACCUCCCUGCCCAGAGGACUGCCUCUCAACUCCUCCCCAUUGCCAUUCUCCCUUGUAGGCCUCAGCUGAGUGUCUGCCAUGUCCGUGUUCAGCAAGGCCCUUGUUCCAGGAAUCCUCAACCUGCCUGUACCAUUUCUCGUGUGUAAAUAUGCAGUUUAUGUGGCAUCUAUGUAUGUGCAAACGUGAAUAUGGUGAUCAUAUGCCCGUCGGCUCUGCCUCCCCACUCCCCUUCCUACUUGCCAAAUGCUUGGAUUCUUCUGUGGACAUCCAGUCCACUGCAGUUCUGACCAGUAGCUGGGGAUAGCCAUGCCCAGGAGAGCGACAAAGUCAGCUUUCCUGACUCCACGUUCUUGGACCUUCCUCCCUUCCUGUGAUCCUGGGCUCCUCCUGUCUCUCUUCUCUUCCUUCUCCUCCACAA